AUGGCUACUGCUACUACUAGUGAAGCGGAUGUGCAAGUGCCAUUGAAACUUCUGGUGAACAAAUGUACGAACAAAGUCAUAUUUGCCGAAGCAAAUAAAGACUUUGUGGAUAUCUUGUUCAGCUUCUUAAUGCUGCCUUUAGGAACCAUUGCAAGACUCGUAGAAAAAGACUCUAACAUUGAACCACUUACAAUUGGUUGUCUGCAUUCACUCUAUCAUAGUGUGCAAAAUCUCGACAACCAAUGUUUCUGUACACAGGAAUGCAAACAAAUGUUGGAGCAACCUAGGAACAUACCUGAAGAUUAUUGCAACACUCUUAAGCUUAACAUUGAUGAUCCUCAGUCCAAAGAGUAUUUCAUAUGUUCCAAGUCUGAUCCAGGGAAACACCUUUUGUCCCCUUUCAAAACUGAACUAAACUGUUCUUGUGGGAGUCCUUUGACCCGUGUUUUCUUUAAACAUUCAUUCAGUGGAUUUGUUCACGACAAUGCGACUUUUGUCAUCACUGAUGAUUUAGUUGUCAUACCAAACUCUGUGAGUAAACUGAACCUUGCAGUGCUCCAAAAUUCAGGAAUAAAAGACCCAAGUGAAGUCCAGGAAAUGACUGUGAAUGUCACAAAGGAAAAGAUACUGGAUCUUCUAAAGUGCUCUUUGAUUUCCAAGUCAUGCCUGACAUAUUUGCUUUCAGAAAAGAAACCGAUACUCGAUAGGUCAACGUUUUCGUUAUGUAGUGUUGAAUACGACAAGAACAUCGAAAUCUCAUUGAAUCUAGUCAUAAGAAAAUCAGAUGGCAAAUUACUGUAUGCUCAAGGGGAUAAUCAUUUUGCAGACAUGAUUUUAAGUUUUCUGACUUUUCCUCUAGGAGGAGUUAUACGAAUUCUUGGAGGAAACUGUUCCUUGGGAUGCAUCGAUAAACUGUACAAGAGCAUUGUUGAUUUAGAAGAAAACAUUUAUUGGAUGUCAGAGGUAGUAAAGAAGAGACUCAUUGAUCCUUCCUUGGUAUCAUCUGUCUUAUUGACCAACCAUAUUUUUCCAUUUUUCCACCCAAAUCACUACAAGUUCUGCACAGACUAUGUGGAUUUUUCGAGUGGAGAUGGUACUGUGAAUAUGUCGUGUGUCAAAAAUGAUGGACGUUAUUAUUCUGUUACACCAACAGUAUGGUAUUUACAGAUGUUUUUAUAUGGUUUCGGUUAUGUGAAGGGCCCACAAACGUACCUGGUUACGGAUGAUUUGGUGGUAGCACCGUUUUCUACAACUUCAGUUUUAAAUUUAAUCAAUUGUUCGAAAACUCCUUUGAGUGACCUCAAGGAAAAAAAUGUUGUCAUUGGCUUUAAGGAGUGUAUCAACAUUUUGAAGGCCUCGUUGACCUCCACCUCUGCUCUCACAAAUGGUCUUGAUCACUUCUUCACGGAUGAUAAGGGGAGAAUUGAUACGUGA